UAAAAGGAACUAGUCGCGGCAAAAACCAGUAAUUCCGAGGGCGAGCGAGCGGGCCGGGACCGGCCGAGCCCACAUCUCUCUACACAGCGCAGGGCUGGGCAGGGGCGCCUCGGGACCCGCUCACCCACAGCCGGUUUGGGGCGCUGCUCUGCUCCCUGUUUCCCUUCACUUUUCCCUCCCCCUUGCUGGAAGGGUUUGUGCAGGGUGGGCUAAACAGACGCAAACACCAAAGUGGAAAACAGUUAAUGACCAGCCACAGCGUCGCUGCUGUGCACUCUGGCUGCUUCCUCCAGGGCUCUGGAGCCACACGCACGGGUUGCUGUGGGUUCCAGCGGAGGUAACAUGGCUUGUUGGCCUCAGUUAAGGUUGCUGCUGUGGAAGAACCUGACAUUCCGAAGACGACAAACAUGUCAGCUGUUACUGGAAGUGGCCUGGCCUCUCUUCAUCUUCUUGAUCCUGAUCUCUGUCCGCCUGAGCUACCCGCCCUAUGAACAGCACGAGUGCCACUUUCCAAAUAAAGCCAUGCCUUCUGCAGGAACACUUCCAUGGGUACAGGGGAUUAUCUGUAAUGCCAACAACCCUUGCUUCCGUUAUCCGACUCCCGGUGAGGCUCCCGGUGUGGUUGGAAACUUUAACAAGUCCAUUGUGUCUCGCCUGUUCUCAGAUGCUCGCAGGCUUCUUUUAUACAGCCAAAAAGACACCAGCAUUAAGGACAUACACAAGGUCUUGAGAACUCUGCGACAGAUCAAGCAUUCCAACCCAAAUUUGAAGCUUCAGGAUUUCCUGGUGGACAAUGAAACCUUCUCUGGAUUCCUUCAUCACAACCUGUCCCUCCCAAGGCAGACUGUGGACAUCCUGCUGAAGGCUGAUGUCAGUCUCCAGAAGGUAUUUUUGCAAGGCUACCAAUUACAUUUGUCCAGUCUGUGUAAUGGAUCAAAACUAGAAGAAAUCAUUCAGCUUGGUGACCUGGAAGUUUCUGCCCUUUGUGGUUUACCAAGGGAGAAGCUAGAUGCAGCAGAACGAGUGCUGCGUUACAACAUGGACAUCCUGAAGCCGGUCGUGACAAGACUAAACUCCACAUCUCCUCUCCUGACCCAGCAUCUGGCUGAAGCCACCAGAACAUUGCUGGAUAGCCUAGGGGGGCUGGCCCAAGAGCUGUUCAGCACAAAGAGCUGGAGUGACAUGCGGCAGGAGGUGAUGUUUCUGACCAACGUGAACAGCUCCAGCUCCUCCACCCAGAUAUACCAGGCUGUGUCCCGCAUUGUCUGUGGUCACCCAGAGGGUGGGGGGCUGAAGAUCAAGUCACUCAACUGGUACGAGGAUAACAACUACAAAGCCCUCUUUGGAGGCAACAGCACUGAAGAAGACAUGGAGACCUUCUAUGACAAUUCUACAACUCCCUAUUGCAAUGAUCUGAUGAAGAACUUGGAGUCUAGUCCUCUUUCUCGAAUUAUUUGGAAGGCAUUGAAGCCACUGCUUGUUGGAAAGAUUCUGUAUACACCUGACACUCCAGCUACAAGGCAGGUCAUGGCUGAGGUGAACAAGACCUUCCAGGAGCUGGCUGUGUUCCAUGACCUGGAGGGCAUGUGGGAAGAACUCAGCCCCCAACUCUGGACCUUCAUGGAGAGCAGCCAAGAGAUGGACCUUGUUCGGACACUGUUGGACAGCAGAGGCAAUGAUCGAUUUUGGGAACAGAAGUUGGAUGGAUUAGAUUGGACUGCUCAAGACAUCAUGGCAUUUCUGGCCAAGAACCCAGAGGAUGUUCAGUCUCCAAAUGGCUCCGUGUAUACAUGGAGAGAAGCUUUCAAUGAAACCAACCAGGCAAUCCAGACGAUAUCUCGCUUCAUGGAGUGUGUCAACCUGAACAAGCUGGAGCCCAUUCCAACAGAAGUCCGACUCAUCAACAAGUCCAUGGAGCUGCUGGAUGAGAGGAAGUUCUGGGCUGGGAUUGUGUUCACAGGGCUCACUCCUGACAGUGUGGAGCUGCCCCAUCACGUGAAGUACAAGAUCCGAAUGGACAUUGACAAUGUCGAGAGGACCAAUAAGAUCAAGGAUGGGUACUGGGACCCUGGUCCCCGGGCUGACCCAUUUGAGGAUAUGCGAUAUGUCUGGGGGGGCUUCGCCUACUUGCAGGAUGUGGUAGAGCAAGCGAUCAUCAGAGUGCUGACGGGAACUGAGAAGAAAACGGGUGUCUAUGUGCAACAGAUGCCCUACCCCUGUUACGUUGAUGACAUUUUCCUUCGGGUGAUGAGCCGGUCCAUGCCCCUCUUCAUGACCCUGGCCUGGAUUUACUCUGUUGCUGUGAUCAUCAAGGGCAUUGUAUAUGAAAAGGAGGCUCGGCUGAAGGAGACCAUGCGGAUCAUGGGCCUGGACAAUGGUAUUCUCUGGUUUAGCUGGUUCAUCAGCAGCCUCAUCCCUCUGCUUGUGAGUGCUGGCCUGCUGGUCAUCAUCUUGAAGUUAGGAAACCUGCUGCCCUAUAGUGAUCCCAGCGUAGUGUUCGUCUUCCUGUCUGUGUUUGCCGUGGUGACCAUCCUACAGUGCUUCCUCAUUAGCACGCUCUUCUCCCGGGCCAACCUGGCAGCAGCCUGUGGGGGCAUCAUCUACUUCACAUUGUACCUGCCAUAUGUCCUGUGUGUAGCCUGGCAGGACUACGUGGGCUUCUCCAUCAAGAUCUUUGCUAGCCUUCUGUCUCCUGUGGCUUUUGGAUUUGGCUGUGAAUACUUUGCCCUUUUUGAGGAGCAAGGCAUCGGGGUACAAUGGGACAAUCUCUUUGAGAGCCCGGUGGAGGAAGAUGGCUUUAAUCUCACCACUGCAGUGUCCAUGAUGCUGUUUGACACCUUCCUCUAUGGAGUGAUGACGUGGUACAUCGAAGCUGUCUUUCCAGGACAGUAUGGAAUUCCCAGGCCCUGGUAUUUUCCUUGUACCAAGUCCUACUGGUUUGGUGAGGAAAUUGAUGAGAAGAGCCACCUUGGUUCCAGCCAGAAGGGAGUAUCAGAAAUCUGCAUGGAAGAGGAACCUACUCAUCUGAGGCUGGGUGUGUCCAUUCAGAACCUGGUAAAGGUUUACCGAGAUGGCAUGAAGGUGGCUGUGGAUGGCUUGGCGCUAAAUUUUUACGAGGGCCAGAUCACCUCCUUCCUGGGUCACAAUGGAGCGGGGAAGACCACUACCAUGUCAAUACUCACUGGGUUGUUCCCCCCAACUUCUGGCACUGCCUACAUCCUGGGGAAGGACAUUCGCUCUGAGAUGAGCUCCAUCCGGCAGAACCUGGGCGUCUGUCCCCAGCAUAAUGUGUUGUUUGACAUGCUGACUGUCGAAGAACACAUUUGGUUCUAUGCCCGCCUGAAGGGGCUCUCAGAGAAGCAUGUGAAAGCCGAGAUGGAACAGAUGGCCCUGGAUGUUGGCUUACCCCGCAGCAAGCUGAAAAGCAAAACAAGCCAGCUCUCAGGUGGGAUGCAGAGAAAACUGUCUGUGGCCUUGGCCUUUGUAGGUGGAUCCAAGGUUGUCAUUCUGGAUGAGCCCACAGCAGGUGUGGACCCUUACUCUCGAAGGGGAAUAUGGGAGCUCCUGCUGAAAUACCGACAAGGCCGCACCAUUAUCUUGUCUACACACCACAUGGAUGAAGCAGACAUCCUGGGGGACAGAAUUGCCAUCAUUUCCCACGGAAAGCUGUGCUGUGUGGGCUCUUCCCUGUUUCUGAAGAACCAGCUGGGAACGGGUUACUACCUGACCCUGGUCAAGAAAGAUGUGGAAUCGUCCCUCAGUUCCUGCAGAAACAGUAGCAGCACUGUGUCAUGUCUAAAAAAGGAGGACAGUGUUUCUCAAAGCAGUUCUGAUGCUGGCCUGGGCAGCGACCAUGAAAGUGACACGCUGACCAUCGAUGUCUCUGCUAUCUCCAACCUCAUCAGGAAGCAUGUGUCUGAAGCCCGGCUGGUAGAAGACAUUGGCCAUGAGCUGACUUAUGUGCUGCCAUAUGAAGCUGCUAAGGAGGGAGCUUUUGUGGAACUCUUCCACGAGAUUGAUGAUCGGCUCUCAGACUUGGGCAUCUCCAGUUAUGGCAUCUCAGAGACCACCCUAGAAGAAAUAUUUCUCAAAGUGGCUGAAGAGAGUGGGGUGGAUGCGGAGACCUCAGAUGGUACUUUGCCAGCAAGACGAAACAGACGGGCCUUUGGGGACAAGCAGAGCUGUCUGCACCCAUUCACUGAAGAUGAUGUUAUUGAUCCAAAUGACUCGGACAUAGACCCAGAAUCCAGGGAGACAGACCUGCUCAGUGGGAUGGACGGCAAAGGCUCCUACCAGCUGAAGGGUUGGAAACUCACACAACAACAGUUUGUGGCCCUUUUGUGGAAAAGGCUGCUGAUAGCGAGACGGAGCAGGAAGGGUUUUUUUGCUCAGAUUGUCCUGCCAGCUGUCUUUGUUUGCAUUGCUCUGGUGUUCAGCCUAAUUGUGCCACCCUUUGGCAAGUACCCCAGCCUGGAACUUCAGCCCUGGAUGUAUAAUGAGCAGUAUACAUUUGUCAGUAAUGAUGCUCCAGAGGACACAGGCACCCAGGAACUCCUGAAUGCUCUAACCAGAGACCCUGGCUUCGGGACCCGAUGUAUGGAAGGAAAUCCAAUCCCAGAUACCCCUUGCUUGGUUGGGGACGAGGACUGGACUACUGCCCCAGUUCCCCAGACCAUCAAGGACCUCUUCCAAAAUGGGAACUGGACGAUGAAGAACCCCUCACCCACCUGCCAGUGUAGCAGUGACAAAAUCAAGAAGAUGCUGCCUGUGUGUCCCCCAGGGGCAGGCGGGCUGCCACCUCCUCAGAGAAAACAGAACACUGCAGACAUCCUUCAGAACCUGACGGGAAGAAACAUUUCAGAUUACCUGGUGAAGACGUAUGUGCAGAUCAUUGCAAAAAGCUUAAAGAAUAAGAUCUGGGUGAAUGAGUUCCGGUAUGGCGGCUUUUCCCUGGGUGUCAGUAAUUCUCAAGCACUUCCUCCAAGUCAAGAAGUUAAUGAUGCUAUCAAGCAAGUGAAGAAACUCUUGAAGCUGACCAAGGACAGUUCCGCAGAUCGGUUUCUCAGCAGUUUGGGAAGGUUCAUGACAGGACUGGAUACGAAAAACAAUGUCAAGGUGUGGUUCAAUAACAAGGGCUGGCACGCUAUCAGUUCUUUCCUGAAUGUCAUCAACAAUGCCAUUCUCCGGGCCAACCUACAGAAGGGAGAGAAUCCAAGCCAGUAUGGGAUUACUGCUUUCAAUCAUCCUCUGAAUCUCACCAAGCAGCAGCUCUCGGAGGUGGCUCUAAUGACCACAUCUGUCGACGUCCUCGUGUCUAUUUGUGUCAUCUUUGCGAUGUCCUUUGUCCCAGCCAGCUUUGUUGUGUUCCUGAUCCAGGAGCGGGUCAGCAAAGCCAAGCACCUGCAGUUCAUCAGCGGGGUGAAGCCCGUCAUCUACUGGCUCUCCAAUUUUGUCUGGGAUAUGUGCAAUUAUGUGGUUCCUGCUACAUUGGUCAUUAUCAUCUUCAUCUGCUUCCAGCAGAAGUCCUAUGUGUCCUCCACCAACCUGCCUGUCCUAGCACUUCUGCUUUUGCUGUAUGGGUGGUCCAUCACACCUCUCAUGUACCCAGCCUCCUUUGUGUUCAAGAUCCCCAGCACUGCCUAUGUUGUCCUCACAAGUGUGAACCUCUUCAUCGGCAUCAAUGGCAGUGUGGCCACUUUUGUACUGGAGCUCUUCACCAACAAUAAGCUGAAUAACAUCAAUGACAUCCUGAAGUCUGUGUUCCUGAUCUUCCCACAUUUUUGCCUGGGACGAGGGCUCAUUGAUAUGGUGAAAAACCAGGCAAUGGCUGACGCCCUGGAGAGGUUUGGGGAGAAUCGCUUUGUGUCUCCACUCUCUUGGGACUUGGUAGGACGAAACCUUUUUGCCAUGGCCGUGGAAGGGGUGGUGUUCUUCCUCAUUACUGUACUGAUCCAGUACAGGUUUUUCAUCAGGCCCAGACCCGUGAAGGCAAAGCUUCCUCCUUUGAAUGAUGAGGAUGAGGAUGUGAGACGCGAGAGACAGAGAAUCCUGGAUGGUGGAGGACAGAACGACAUCCUGGAAAUCAAGGAGCUGACUAAGAUCUACAGAAGGAAGCGGAAGCCUGCCGUUGACAGGAUUUGUGUGGGCAUUCCUCCUGGUGAGUGCUUUGGACUUCUGGGCGUCAAUGGUGCUGGGAAGUCAUCAACUUUCAAGAUGCUGACGGGAGACACCACUGUGACCAGAGGGGAUGCUUUUCUCAACAAAAACAGCAUCUUAACAAAUAUCCAUGAAGUACAUCAGAACAUGGGCUACUGCCCUCAGUUUGAUGCCAUAACCGAGCUGCUGACUGGGAGAGAGCACGUGGAGUUCUUUGCCCUCUUGAGGGGAGUCCCAGAAAAAGAAGUUGGCAAGGUUGGUGAAUGGGCAAUUCGCAAACUGGGCCUCGUAAAGUAUGGAGAGAAAUAUGCCAGUAACUAUAGUGGAGGCAACAAACGGAAGCUUUCCACGGCCAUGGCAUUGAUAGGCGGGCCUCCUGUGGUGUUUCUGGAUGAACCAACCACAGGCAUGGACCCCAAAGCUCGGAGAUUCUUGUGGAAUUGUGCCCUAAGCAUUGUCAAGGAGGGGAGAUCUGUAGUUCUCACAUCUCAUAGUAUGGAAGAAUGUGAAGCUCUUUGCACAAGGAUGGCCAUUAUGGUCAAUGGGAGGUUCAGGUGCCUUGGCAGCGUCCAACAUCUGAAGAACAGGUUUGGAGAUGGUUACACCAUAGUUGUGCGAAUAGCAGGGUCCAACCCUGAUCUGAAGCCUGUCCAGGAGUUCUUUGGACUCGCCUUUCCAGGAAGUGUCCUAAAAGAGAAACACCGAAACAUGCUACAGUACCAGCUUCCCUCCUCCUUGUCGUCUCUGGCGAGGAUAUUCAGCAUCCUCUCCCAGAGCAAAAAGAGACUCCACAUAGAAGACUACUCUGUCUCUCAGACAACACUUGACCAAGUAUUUGUGAACUUUGCCAAGGACCAAAGUGAUGAUGACCACUUAAAGGACCUUUCAUUACACAAAAAUCAGACAGUUGUGGAUGUGGCUGUCCUCACAUCUUUUUUACAAGAUGAGAAAGUGAAAGAAAGUUAUGUAUGAAGAGUCCUGUUCAUACAGGGUGAAUGAAAGGAAGGAAGAGAUAGGUCUUCCUUCGCACUGUGUCAAGUGUUCCACAAGAAUCCUGCAUUUCUGUGGAGAGAAACAAACUGGAUACUGUACUGACACUAUUCAAUGCAAUGCAAUUCAAUGCAAUGGGAACUCACAAUUCCAUUACAGGGGCAGUGCCUUUGUAGCCUAUGUCUUGUAUGGCUCUCUAGUGAAAAUGACUUGAAGUUAGUUCAUUACCUUAUACAGAUGUGAAACUCUGGUAUGGAACCAAGCAGACCAUGGGUUUGGAUUCAUACUUUUUUGUUCCUGUGUAUUCUCACUGGGAUUGCAACAACAAUCCAUCAAAUAGUCAUGGCCAGUGGUAAUCAAAGUUAAAGGCACCCAUUAAGCCGUGCCGAACCACAAAACUGGUUUCCUGGUGACACAUCCAUUGCUGGCAAUGAGUGUGCCAGAAUUACUAGUGCCAAGUUGCUCAGAAAGUCUGAAGCCCUGAGGUGUGUCACACACACUUUUGUGAAAGCCGCCCUGCUGUCUAUCGACAUCAUUAAAUAUCAGGUGACAAAAUGGUGCCAUGUGUGACUAAAGCCCUGCUUUGGUUCUCUCUUUGAUGAGCUGCUGUUGUGGCUGCCAGAUGCAAAAUGUGGAUCACCCUAAGUACAGGAGACUUGGUUCAGUUGUUCGGGGUUGUCUGUGCUUGGAGUCAUGGGUCACCAGGUCAUCUUUCUGAGACCUUUUCACACAUUAGAUCCUCAUAAGAAACAAAGAUCAGCAGCCAACUGCUGGGGCUGCAAGCUGCUGAGUUCAAGGUGUGGCAUGAAAGAGCUGGUGAAUUUACAUGUGGGAGGUCUGGGUCUGUCUAUCCUGACUGCUAACAUAACACGGUACACUGCAUCUCAAGAUCCUUUAUUAUUUGACACAAAUGUAGUAUUAUUGCUAGUUAUAUUUCUAACUGUUUAAAUUAACCUAGGAAAUGAAAAGGUGGAAUUUUGACAAAAAUCUUUGCACUGUUAUUUGGAAUUUUAAGUUUUACCAUUGGCUUUUGGAGCCUUGAAACAUACUGUUUCAAGAUGAUGGUGGCAUAGAGGAAUGUGACCACACUGCCUCAUGCCUUAUUUUCCUUGGUAGAUUUGCAGGUGGAUGUCUAACUAGUGCCUGGUGUCCAGAAAGCAACAUGGUAGUCAACAUCUCAUGCCACAUUUUUAAGACCCUGGCGAAUACUAUGGUGUGUAGUCACCGUGUAGAUAUGUGGAUAGGAAUGAGGGGUUGGCUAGCAGAUUUUCUGUGCCAUGUAUUCAGUUGACUGAUUUACACAUGUAGGUGGUUUUGUUGAAUCCACUGAAUGAAUAUGGCCGCUCCAUUGCCCACUUGAUAGCAUCAGUGCAAAAGCUAAGACGGGUCAUUAAAUAAUGAACUGUUUUAAGGAGAAAACAGCUAGCUUGAAAUUUCCUGGAUACAACCUGUGCUUGUGACCUUCAAAAUAAUUGGCAUUGCAGGAUAUCAGACACCCACCCAAACCUCUGACAGUCUCAGAUGUUUAAUUUCUUCAGCCUAACCAAUCAUUAAAAAAAAGUCAACAAAUUAUUCCAUGUUGACUAUUUUUGAGACUUUUCUCACUCAGGUUUAAUUUUUUUCAUUGGCAAACAGUGUAAAAAAUGUUAUCUCACUAAUGCUCAAUGUUAUCUGUCUUCCUACAAAACAAAAUCUGAGUGAAUUCCUGUAUGGCAAAGUUCAAGUGAGCUUUCACUAUUACUGGUUUCUUCAACUAAUUCUAAAAUUUAAACAGCAAAUUUGGAAGUAUAAGAUUUCAGAUCUAUAAAGUUUAUAGAGUAAUGUUAUGUAACUCAUUGCUUGAAAAGAAAAAUGACUAUUUUGAUACUAAUGUAAACAUAGGUUUCUAAAAAUAAAAUGUUUCCAAUAGUUAUUGGCAUACCACUGUACUUAUGUAUCAGAGAUACAAAAGAAAAAAAAAAACUUUAUUUUUCAAAAUCGACCUUUAGUUGGCGUUCUCAGUCCACUGUUAACAUAUUCUAACUUUUCAUUACACUACAGCCCUGAGCAAAUCAUUGUUUUAGUAACUCUGAUUUUGAGGUCAUAUUCAACACAAACAAAAACAAGUAACAAUAAAAAACCUAAAUCACUAUGAACCAUUUUGAGAAAAAUUUAAUUCAAUGUAGAUUUGACAUGUUUUUCUAAAGCUAGAAACAAUCUAUAGAUAUUGUGUUGCCUUUUACACUAUCCGAACAGCAAUCUUCAAUUUUCCUGUAUAAAUGUAAUUAUUUUAGAGAUUUAAAAAAAAAUCAGCCCUAUCUUCAAAUAAGUUUCCUCAUAUUCCCUGUGAAGAUGUACUAUGUGAAUUUAGAAAUUCUCAAACGUAAACACAUCUGAUUUACCUUUUUUUCUUUUUAAUCUUGGAAAACUUACUAACUGUGAAUAUGAGAAAGACAAAAGAAAGUGAGUCCUCUCUCUAUACAUACCCAGCACAAUUCAUUCUGGAACAAACAAACCUCAAACUACUGUAUUUAGAUGUCUGUACUGAAAGUAUAUGCCUCAUGCCUAUUAGAUGUUACACAUCAUUUGCUCUCUGUAUAGUAAUCAUUGACUUAAAGGGAUUGUCUGUUGUCUUCUCAUGGUUGUAUAUAUCAGGUAAAAUCGUUCCAAAGAGCCAUGUGUUAUAUAAUGGGGAACCACUUUGAUACUGAAAUACUAAUUUGUACUCUUGUUACUAUUUACUGGUGAUAGUGUAAUACCACAGAAAUGCUGUUCUGAUUCAAAACUGUUGCAUCCCUUUUUUUAUAGAGCAUUUAUAUUUCCAUAUGGAUUCGGUAUGUCCUUUCCCCUUGUACUCCAGGAUAAAGCUGUUUUUGUGCUUUUUCUUUAUCAUUGGCCCUUAUUCCAAGCACUUUAAGCUGUCUGUAAUGGAUCUGUUUUUGCACUGGAAUAUCUGAGAAUUGCAAAACUAGACAAAAGUUUCAGAGCAGAUUUCUAAGUUAAAUCAUUUUCAUUAAAAGAAAAAAAAACAGAAAAAAAUUUGUAUUGUCAAUAACUUUAUAUGAAGUGUUUUAAAAAGCCUGUUUCUAUGUUAUGAGUCACAAAAUAAAGCUGUGACAGUCCUGC